AGUGAGCGAGAGAGAGAGCGCGCGAGGCAGAAGAUGCAGAGGAGGAGGCGGAAGGAGAGGAAGCCGCCGCGUCCCUGAGCCUCGCGCUCCUCUCCUCUGCCGCGCGCUCUGCCUUCUCCCCUGAGCCUCGCGCUCCCUGCCUGUGCCGCGCGCUCACUCUUCUCCCCAGAGCCUCGCGGACAAAGAGCCUUCCUCUGGUCCUCCCCGCUCCCCCUCCCUUUGCCUCCCCGCCCCCUGAGCGCCCGCCAAAGGCGAAGGAAGGCGAGACAGCUCAAAGAUGGCUUUCGCCGGCGCCCGCCUCUUGGCGUCCUGCUGCUGCCUCUGCCUCGGCUGCUGGGCCCUUCUCUCGGGCGCGGAGGCGGCGGCGGGCGGGGCAGGUGGAGGUGCCUCCGAGGCGGCAGGGGCAGGAGCCGGGGGCCCCGAGGCGGCGGCCGGCGCGGACCCUUCCUCCAAGGAGAUGGAGUGCAAGCUGAAGAGCAUCACGGUCUCGGCGCUGCCCUUCCUGAGGGAGAACGACCUGAGCAUCAUGCACAGCCCUUCGGCCUCCGAACCCAAGCUGCUCUUCUCCGUGCGCAACGACUUCCCCGGGGAGAUGGUGGUGGUGGACGACCUCGAGAACACCGAGCUGCCCUACUUCGUCCUCGAGAUUUCUGGCAACACAGAAGAUAUUCCGUUGGUACGAUGGAGGCAACAAUGGCUGGAGAAUGGCACACUACUCUUCCAUAUCCACCAUCAAGAUGGUACUCCCAGCUUGCCAGGCUUAGAACCCACAGAAGAACCCCAGAGCGAAUCAGCCGAAGAAGAGCUUAGGAUUCUUCACAUCUCGGUAAUGGGGGGCAUGAUCGCAUUGCUGCUUUCCAUCUUGUGCCUGGUGAUGAUCCUCUACACCCGCCGGCGUUGGUGCAAGCGCCGCCGAGUUCCCCAACCUCAGAAGAGUGCCAGUGCUGAGGCAGCCAAUGAGAUUCACUACAUCCCUUCAGUGCUGAUUGGGGGGCAUGGCCGUGAGAGCUUACGUAACGCUCGCGUGCAGGGCCAUAACUCCAGUGGGACUCUGAGCAUUCGAGAGACCCCCAUCCUGGAUGGCUAUGAGUAUGACAUCACCGACUUGCGCCACCACCUUCAGCGGGAGUGCAUGAAUGGUGGCGAAGACUUUGCGAGCCAGGUCACCAGAACGCUGGACUCACUGCAGGGCUGCAAUGAGAAGUCAAGCAUGGAUCUCACGCCAGUUUUUGCCUUAAAUUCUUCCUGUUCAGGAAGUGACAAUGCCAAGCUGUCCUUGAUGAACAAGUACAAGGAUAAUAUCAUUGCCACCAGCCCUGUGGACUCCAACCAUCAACAGGCUACACUGCUCUCUCAUACCUCCAGUAGCCAGCGCAAGCGGAUCAAUAACAAGUCUCGAGCUGGCUCUGCAUUUCUGAACCCUGAAGGGGAUUCUGGGACGGAGGCGGACAACGAUCCCCAGCUGACAUUUUACACAGAUCCAUCACGAAGCAGGCGCCGCAGCAGGGUGGGUUCACCAAGAAGCCCAGUUAGCAAAACUACCCUGACGUUGAUCAGUAUCACUACCUGUGUCAUCAGCCUGGUCUGUGCCUCCCAUGUGAACUGCCCACUUGUGGUCAAGAUAACAUUGCAUGUUCCAGAGCAUCUUAUUGCUGAUGGGAGCCGGUUUAUCUUGCUAGAGGGUAGCCAGUUGGAUGCCAGCGACUGGUUAAAUCCUGCCCAAGUGAUUCUCUUUUCCCAGCAAAAUUCCAGCGGGCCCUGGGCCUUGGACUUGUGUGCCCGCCGUCUUCUUGACCCGUGUGAACACGAAUGUGACCCUGAUACUGGUGAGUGCUUUUGCUAUGAAGGUUAUAUGAAGGAUCCAGUGCACAAACACCUUUGCAUCAGGAAUGAAUGGGGCACAAACCAAGGGCCAUGGCCAUAUACCAUAUUCCAGCGUGGGUUUGAUUUGGUGCUGGGAGAACAGCCUUCUGACAAGAUAUUCAGAUUCACCUACACUCUUGGGGAAGGGAUGUGGCUUCCGCUAAGCAAGAGCUUUGUGAUUCCACCUGCUGAAUUAGCCAUCAACCCAUCUGCCAAGUGUAAAACGGACAUGACUGUGAUGGAGGAUGCUGUGGAGGUUAGGGAGGAGCUGAUGACUUCAUCCUCCUUUGACAGCCUUGAAGUUCUUCUGGAUUCAUUUGGGCCAGUUCGGGACUGCUCUAAGGACAAUGGUGGCUGCAGCAAGAACUUUCGCUGUAUUGCAGAUCGAAAAUUAGACUCCACUGGCUGUAUGUGUCCUCCUGGUCUCAGCCCAAUGAAAGAUGGCACUGGCUGCUAUGAUCGCCACAUUGGUGUGGAUUGUUCAGAUGGAUUCAAUGGUGGCUGUGAACAGCUCUGUCUUCAGCAGAUGGUGCCUUUGCCAGAAGACCUUACUUUAUACAAUAUCCUCAUGUUCUGUGGAUGCAUUGAGGAUUACAAACUGGGUGUAGAUGGACGGUCAUGCCAUUUAAUUUCAGAAUCCUGCCCAGACGGUGGUGACUGUGAAGAGAGCCGAGAGCUGCCCAUGAACCAAACUCUCUUUGGAGAGAUGUUCUAUGGUUACAACAAUCAAACCCGUGAGGUGGCACCUGGGCAGGUGCUGAAAGGCACAUUCAGGCAGAAUAACUUUGCCCGUGGGUUGGAACAGCAGCUACCAGAUGGGCUAGUUCUGGCCACUGUUCCACUAGAAAACCAGUGCCAAGAAGAACUCUCUGAGCCAACCCCUGACCCAGAUUUUCUAACUGGGAUGGUGAAUUUCAGUGAGGUGUCUGGAUAUCCCCUCCUGCAACACUGGAAGGUGCGCUCUGUCAUGUACCAUGUCCGACUCAACCAGCUGACUUCCUCCCAGUCUUUUGGCAAUGCCCUCCAUUCUUUGGAUGGUGCCACAUCCCGAGGAGAUUUUGUGGCUCUGCUGGAUCACUUUGGCAACCAUUAUAUACAAGAAGCCAUCUAUGGUUUUGAGGAGUCCUGUUCUAUCUGGUAUCCCAACAAGCAGGUCCAGAAGCAGCUCUGGCUGGAAUAUGAAGAUAUCAGCAAAGGCAACUCCCCUUCAGAUGAGUCUGAAGAGCGUGAGCGAGAUCCCAGGGUGCUCACAUUUCCAGAGUACAUUACCAGCUUGUCAGAGUCUGGGACCAAGCGCAUGGCAGCUGGCGUGCGCAUGGAGUGCCAAAGUAGGGGUCGUUGUCCAUCAUCCUGUCCUUUAUGUCACGUGACCUCUAGCUCAGAUACCUUAGGGGAGCCCAUCCUCCUGGAGGUCACCAAAGCAGCACCCAUCUAUGAGCUGGUCACCAACAAUCAGACUCAGAAGCUGUUACAAGAGGCCACCAUGAGUUCCCUCUGGUGCUCCGGCAGUGGGGAUGUCAUUGAGGACUGGUGUCGGUGUGACUCAAGUGCCUUCGGUGCUGAUGGCCUUCCAGCCUGUGCACCUCUCCCACACCCUGUGCUGAGGCUGUCCACUGUUCAUGAGCCCAGCAGCUCCCUGGUGGUACUUGAAUGGGAGCAUUCAGAGCCGCCAAUUGGGGUGCAGAUUGUAGAUUAUCUCAUCCGCCAGGAGAAGGUCAUUGACCGCUUAGACCAUUCCAAGGUGGAAACUGAGACGGUGCUGAGUUUUGUGGAUGACAUCAUCUCUGGUGCCAAGUCACCUUGUGCAAUGCCAGCACAGGUGCCUGACAAGCUGUCAACAACCAUCUCCUUGAUCAUUCGCUGCUUGGAGCCUGACACUAUUUACAUGUUCACGCUCUGGGGUGUGGAUAACACAGGGAGACGAUCCCGGUCAAGUGAUGUCACCGUGAAGACACCUUGUCCGGUGGUGGAUGAUGUAAAGGCUCAAGAAAUAGCCGACAAGAUCUACAACCUCUUUAAUGGCUAUACCAGUGGGAAGGAGCAGCAAACUGCCUACAACACCUUGCUGGACUUGGGUUCCCCAAGUCUCCAUCGGGUGCUCUAUCACUACAACCAGCAUUAUGAGAGCUUUGGGGAGUUCACUUGGCGAUGCGAGGAUGAACUGGGCCCUCGGAAAGCCGGUCUCAUCCUCUCCCAACUUGGGGACCUCAGUGCCUGGUGCCAUGGCCUCUUACAGGAGCCCAAGAUUGGUCUUCAUCGUACGUCACUCAAAUUCCUUGCCUGCCGUUACAGUGAGAUUAAGCCAUAUGGGUUCAGCUGGUUGGAGCUCAGUCGGGACCUCAAGAAGACCUGUGAGGAGCAAAUGCUGAGUGUCCUCUACAAUGACUAUGGAGACAAAGACAACUGAGUAGACUCAAUGAAUGAAGUCAAAGAACUUCAUCAGGGGCAGGGGAAAGACAAGAGAGUUUGUAGGUGACUGUCCGGUGAGUUUUAUACAUGGAUCUUCAGCACGCCAGGCAGAUCUCUAAAGACAGUGUUUAAAGUGAUAGAAGAUUUUGUUCUUUGCAUCGGCUAACCUGGUUUGGCAUAAUUCCCAUCUGCAGGUUGUGUGGGAUCCAGUGGAGAUUGUUCACUUGUUGAGGGAGGGGAAUUGCUUUUCUAAUUUUGCCAAGACAUUCCUCAGCCUAGUGUAGGGAGGUAUAUGUGCAUGUGUGUGUUACAUGGAGACAUUUGUCCUUCACGUUGGUGUAAAAGAAUGGCAGCUCAUUCUCUCUCCCAAGUCCCAGUAGAAAUAAAGCAAAAUAACCAAGUCCAACAAAAUAGGGGAUUCUCUUUAUGAAAUGGAACAAUUCGGCAGCAGACAGAGCAACAGAGACAGGAGGGAUACAGGACUUGCAAAAUAUGUGGUUGUACCUUUGACAGUGUCAGAUUCUCCCUUCCAUGACCCUUUUAAUUAUAGUGAACCCACUCCAGUUUUUAUGCCACUAUAGAAAACAUUUCUAGAAUGUAGCUAAAACAUCCUAGCUUGUCAUUCCUGUUCUGCAUAAAUAGUCCAUUGUUGAAAUAUAUAUCACUGGGCUAUUUUAGAAUCAGAUGAGACAUUGUAAUGCACAAAAAUAGCAGGAUCACAUUACACAGCCCAACGAAAAAUGUUUCUGGGUGUCUUGGUUUUUAAGCCUGUCUGUGGGGUUAUUCAGAAAAUUGGAUAGACCUCAUCAGUUCAAGAUUCUUAGAUAUGGCUAUCAUGGUUUUUUUAUGGGUGAGCAGAUGGUGACUGGUAAAUGGUAUGUGUUCUAUAUCUCAAAAACUGGAGCUGACAAGGGAAAAGUGGUGCCAUUUUUGGAACCAGCAGGUUAAUUAUACCCAGAAACAGGGCUAACAUUUGAGGCAGCAAAAUGUGUGUUGGCCAGUGCUAUAGUAGAGGAACCUGCCUAGGUUCGAAUGCUGCAAACAAGAUCAUGGACAAAACCUAGGGCAUGUAAUAAAACUGAAGUUUUUGUCACCAAGUAAUGCCAGUAGAAUACAUUCCGCAGGUAGAAUUGCUUAUUUGAUACCAAGAAAAAACAUUCAUAUUUGGUUUGCUACAUACAAAUCUGAAAUCAUACCUUUGCAUAAUUUGUUUAAGAUGUCAUCAUAUUUAAACUGUGCCAGUGGUAAUUAUGAUUUUUUUGCUCUCAGUGGAAUACACGGGGAAGAAGUGCUCACAAUGAUCAGUGUAUGGAAGCAGGUAAGAUGGAAAUGAAGGUUAAUGGGUUACAGAGGGUUAAAAGAGACUCCUUAAAAUAAUUUCCACACUUCUCUAAGACCCCAUCUACACUAACAGUAUAACCCAACUUGAAGAUAGCUUGAAUCUGAGGCAACCACAAAACGUACAUUGCCAAUUUGUGCUUCAGUGCACAUUAAAUAAGUCACAGGAAAGUCUGAAUCAAGCCUUAAAAUGCACUGCAGCAGAUCUACAUACAUUUCAGAUCCAGGGCAAAAUUGGAUCUUCAAAGUGGGGAUUGCUUUGUAGACACCUGCUCCUCCUAAAGGGCAGUAAAUAAUAAAAAAUGAGCUGCCUAAAAUCACCCCUAUUACAUGGUUGAGAAACAGGUGUUUAAUUGAUUGAGGAUAUUUAUUAUUAUUAUUAUUAUUAUUAUUAUUAUUAUUAUUAUUAUUAUUAUUAUUAUUAUGAUGUUUAUUUAUACCCCACUUUUUCUCUCCACAAGGAAAUUCAAAGGGGUGUAUGUUACCUCUGCUCUUAAUAUAUCACUUCUCCAUUUUUUUCACACUAUAUGUACCCAGUAAGAUGAUAUGCAUCUAUGCAGGAAAUGGGGAAAAAACUGCACAUCAGAUUCCCUGCUCAAUGUAAUUAUCUUCCUGGACUCAAACCAGUUCCAGACAUGUUCAAUCUAAUCACCUACACAGCAAAACUGUUUCCUCCCAAAUUGGUUCCAAGCUAUACUAUAAUGUCAGUGUAAAUGUGUCCUGAAUCUCCAUAUCCAAUUCUCUAGCAGACCUAUGGGUGGAUGCAAGUUCCUGCACCACAGUGUAGAUACGUAUGUGCUUCCAUGAUGUGUCCCAGAUGGUAAUGUAUAGUUUUCCAGUAUACAUGAGUACUCAAUAUGGAUAAUGAAUGUCAUGGAAUGUAUUUGCCAGAGUCCCUUGCAAGUGUGAUAUUGCAGAGCAGCGUGAAUAUGACAAUUGAGAGGACACUCAACAACUGGGUGUCUUGCUCUCCUCUCUUCCAAAACUGCCAUUUUGGAAUGGGAAAGGAGAAGUAUUUUGGACACUGCUGUGUUUACCAAUGUCCCAGUUGGAAGAAGACCUGAGAUAUAUAGUGUCAACUGUACCUAAUGUUCCUCCAGUCUCUGUAACAAUCUGGAAGCCAACGUACACCAUCUAUGGAUUCUCUGUUAAUUUGUAUGUGCCUGAAACUUGCUGGUACUUUGCGCUCUGUGAGAAGAAAGUAUUCUCGGGGAAAUUGUGAGCUAGGGAAAUCUGCAUUCUGAACCAUGUGUUAAUGAACGUCAGUAGAAGAAACAGCAUUGGAGCAAAACUGAGUUCAGAUCAGUUUUUGCCCAUCUGGGCUGUAAUUUGCUGGUGAUGAUAUGAGAAAUGGACAUGAAGUUAGAGCCCAGAGGCCCAGUUGAGGUUUAGGCUGUUGAGGAAGACAAAGCUGCCUCUUGGUUGUCAGCUUUCAUCUUUUGAUCUGGUCUGAAUGGGAAAGGAACUCUGGCAUGUGGGAACCUCAUGGCAAAACUUUUUAUAUGUCUUCCCAACCACAAUUGGUAACCGAUGAUUCUCUUUUGAAUGUUUUGACAGUAGGAAGCUUAUUGAAUGUGUGCACUUCCAAGGUAUUGCCACGAAGAGCUGUGUAAAUUUCCCUCUGAACUGAAGAUUGCGAUGUUAGGGGUGUGUGUGUGUGUGUGUGUGUGUGUGUGUUUAUGCAUGUGCACACAUGCAUACCAGGUUCAGCAAAAUUUACCAAUCAGGACAUUAAAAAUCAAAUUUGGAGGGAGUGGGAGAGACAAUGCUAUGUUAAGCAUCUUUUUCAUUGAGUGGCAAAACAGUUGGUGUCUAUGUGAUUUCUAGGGGAAAGGAUUGGCCAUAGGUACAUUCCAGUUUUUAAAACACACAUACGUAUAUGCUGUUGGGAGCAUGUUAUGUAAAUCUAACCUCUAGUUUGGCUUUUAGGGUAUAGGAAAAAGGAUGGGCCAUAUCACUAUACGGAAUGAUGUGACCAUCUUGGGCAGCCAAUGUUGUAUGACCUCCUCCUGAUGUUUACUUCUUAAGUCUGCAUCUGUUUCUCUGUGUGUCCAGACAGAAUUAUGUAUGGAACAAAUAGAACACACUAGACAUGAUUUGGUUCCCCCUGUAUCUAACAUUAAGUUAGUGCUAGAGGUUAUUGAAUUAUUUUCUUUCAACAGCCUUGGCUUCUACCAUCCUGUUUAUCCCAAGAAAUCCAAUAUCCUCCUCAUCCCACAGUAAAUCUAAAGCCAGAGAAGGCUGAAAACAAAGAUAAGAACAAAAAAAGGCAAACCACAAAAGGAACUGGGAGACAAAAUCAGCUACUAUUGCUCAUGCUAGUUCAGCUUUUGCACCUAUCAGAAAUUUUCCUUCAGAUACUCUGGGUUCUGCCAUUGUAGUCUCUGACAAUGCUCCUUGGCUUCACAUCAAUUGCAUGCACUAUCCUUUAUCAUUGCUUCCUGUAACCAGAAAGUUCUUUGGAUAUUCUCCAACUUCAACAGGCAGAGUUGGAGAGGGUUCACCAGGAAUUACUGCUUCAGAAGAUAAUGAUCCUUCCUGAUACACAAAACCAGCCACAGCAUUACUGGUGGCAACCUCCAAGUCAUUGCUUUGCAUUCCAUAGAGGGGGUUCUAGAAGUAUCCUUUCCUUCUAGACUAGUGGUUCUCAACCUGUGGGUCAACUGCCUGGGAUUUCUGGGAGUUGUAGGCCAAAACAUCUGGGGACCCACGGUUGAGAACCACUAAUCUAGACACAAUAGAAACUCCUGCCAUUUAUCAUUCACAUGCAAGCUUCCUCUAAAUUGAAGCAACUCCCAAAAUCUUGGGUCCUUCAUCAGCAACUGGUUCAGUGUGACAUGCAACCAUUGGGGUUGGAAUCAUCCAUAGACAAGAUAAGGCGUGGUAUUGAUGAGUGAGCCCUCAGCCUCAUUCUUGGGACCAUUUUUUUCAUUGCUAUAAUUCUCAUUAUGCUGAUUGGGACAAAUCUCCAACUUGGUUCACUCCAUCAAUUCCUAGGACUUUCUCCUUAGUUUGAGAUCUAUCUUGUUUCUCUUGCCGGCAUCCUAGGGCAUCUUGCUACCUAUUGACAUCUGCAAUGACAUAUCCUAUGAUUUCACUACUGCACACAGUCCUCUAUCAGUCUCCUGUAGAGGAAUCAAAUUUCCUCCUAUCAUUCCUACCCCACUUAAGCCUUGCACUUCAGCACAAAUAGCUCUGGCUUGCAUAUUGAUUCUCACUCCACCCCUGGUGGCUAAUACCCAGGUCCUAUUUCUGGAUCAGCUGCCAUUCUACAGUCCUCUUCAGAAUUAGAUGGUGCUGAAAUGAACUACAUCUCCACUUCCUCCCAACACGAAUCUUUCUACAUCUCUGGGUGCCGUGGUAGGAGACCAUAUCACACUCUCUCCAACUCCCUCCAGCCCUAAACUGAUGAGCUUGUAUGUACGGCAUCACUAGAUUUGAAUAUCAAGGCAGUAUCUACUUCUCUUACAGAUCUCAUAUUCAAGUGAGUUCAACCCACACCCCACUUUCCUCACCUUGGUAAGGUAAUCCUGGAAACAGCUUCCUUAGCAACCCACACUUUCCAUAGGCGCUUUGCAGACUCCACGAGGAUUCGUGUAAUUUUAUUUUCAAGCACCCUGUUCUAAUUCAACAAUUAUAGAAAUGGCUCCCUUUGUAAAAAAGGAUAAACUAUUAUGCUUCUCCCAACAAAAUGGGGAACAUUUGCCUCCACAGCUAGGAAAUCAUAUUCCCAAGCCACCCUGGUUGUUCCUAUUGCCAAUUACCUGGCCUGUAUCAGUACAGCUUUAGCCAUACAUGCAGAGGGCCCUUGGCUCUCUGCACAACACAGUAUAUCAGCAAGGCACGUGGUUGACUUUGAGGCCAAGACAAUUGCAUGCCUAAUCACUCUUUGUCAGCUUGCCUGGCUGCACUCAUCUGCCUGCUCUCAAACCACUCAGCCAAGGAUGGAGGGCACUUGCUGGACUUGGCCUUUUCAGCUCCUCUGCAGACAAUAGAUCAUUAUCAGAAGAUGCAUGCCACUGCACAUAAAUGAGAGUUAUGACCUCCCCCCAAUCUCCACUUCUACAAUCCUGACUACUAGACAUACUCAACUUCAUAGCCUAACUGACAAAGAUACACUUCUCAAAGAUAUAGGCCUCAUGGAGGCCAUCUACUUGUUACUGGUAUGUUAAAGAGUGGUCUUGCUCCCUCAAAUUCCUCCGUGAUAAGGAUGCCCGGUGCCUAUAGCCUGGCUGCCCUAUGGCCUCUCCCUGGGGGAAUGAGAUUACCCAUCUCCUCCCUCAUUUCAGCUCAUCUCUCACCUCCCGAUUCUUAUUAAUAAUUGUCUCACCCUACUGUAAAAUCUUUCACCAAUACCUAUCCCCCAAUAGCUUUUCACUCUUCCAACUUGUUCUCUUGGCCCAUUGUGAUCUGUAGUUUUUCUCCUUUAAGAUGUAUUUCCUUAUAAGCUAUAACCUUUGCCAGGUUGGCAAGGGAGCUCUGUCUUUUCUUGCAAGGGCUUUUGUAUCUCACCUUUCACAAGAGCAAGCAGUCCUUUGCCUGCUUCAUCUUUCCCUCUUUUUAAUUUUCACUUCAUGCAGUACAGACCCCCUACAUAUUCCCCCAAUUUUAACUCUGAGGAGGACAGACACCUCAAAUCUUUUGAUGUCAGGUAGGCCAUUGCUUUCUACUUUGACAGGACCUAUUAUUUUUGUAAUAAGUUCUUCAUUUGCUGUGCCAGUCCCAGGAGAUUCCUGUCUUCACCCAACACUGAUCCAAAUUGCUAUUUACUUGGACUAUAAAAUGGCUCACAAACCAGCUCUUGAUAUCAUCAGGAGUCACUCCACUGGCAGCCUCCACUGCCUUCUCCAUGAAUGAAUGAAUGAAUGAGACUUUAUUUCUAUCCCGCCCUAUCUCCCCAGUGAAGACUCGGGCAGCUUACAACAUAUAGAGAGGCAAACAUUCAAUGCCGUAUAAAAAUACAGAUAUAAUGGAAGUGUGCAUCCACUAUAUGUUCAUCCACGGAAAUGUGCAUCUACAACAUGGUCACUCACUAAUGUUCACUGAUAUUAUCAUCAUAUCAAAGUGGGAGGACUCUUGUACUGAUAGACAUACUGAAGUGACAUGUCCCUAUAUCCUUGGAUGUGCUUGGUAUUCUAUUCUUGGUAUGUGUGCCAUGGAGACCACAGAGAUCACCUGCAAACUCACACGAGGAGGAAGAAGAGGCUGCUUACCUGUAACUGUGGAUCUUUGAGUAGUCAUCUGCAAACUCACACAACCCUCCUUUCUGCUUUCUGGUACUUGUGGAUCUUUUGAGUAGUUAUCUGCAAACUCAUACAACCCUCCUUUUUGCCUUCUGUUGACAAUCUUCUCCUUGUUCCUACAUACGUCUGCUUGGCAGUGCUAGACAUGAACUAGCUUUCUUGGCAAAAAGCUCAAUGGAUAUGAACAGUGGGAGGGAGUAUGGCAGGACAACUCAGUUAUGAGUUCAUGGAUGGCAACUUGAAUAACCAGGUGGCUCGAUAUGCAACCUAGUCUUCCCUCCUUGAAUUUCGCGAUUAUUUCUCUUGUUCUUGUUACUGAUUUUACAGGGGUCUUUAACUGGAUUUCUAAAGCAUUAUACUUCCUUGAACAAAAGCUGACUUCGUAGACUUAAUGGGACUCCAUCCUGCUUCUAUUGCUCAUCACAAUAUAGUCCAACAGUGCUUAUGUUUGAUAGUAUUUCAAGCUUGAUUUUAAUAUAAAACUAAAAACAUGCUCUUCUGCAUUUUAACCCCCCCCCAUUGCUGAAUUCAUGCUAUCUUCAUUGUGUAGUGCUUUCUUUAAAAAGUGUGGUGUGUUAUUAUGAUAAUUUUUCUGAGGGUUGUGAUAAAUGUUCUUGGCCUAGAAGAGCGGGACACAUAAAUCAUCAUUUGAAUGGGGAUCACAGCUUUUCUCAAUGCAACUUUUUUGCUCCUUAGCAAAAUCUCCAGUCGUCGUUGCUGCUAUUGCGCCCUCUCUCCUUUUUCAGCUGCUGUGUUCUUCUCCAUUUGAGUUAUAUUUCCCUUCUUCCUGCAGAUGGAACUAUCACUUGCAGGGGCUUAGAAACCCACCACUUCCUCUUCUGUCCAACAAUAAAAAAAUCGAGUCUGCCAUUUGCAGGUGUUCAAUUCAUGCUUCAGUUGGGACACUGAAUGUGCAUAUACUUCACAAGAAAGUAAUAUUUGAGUGAUAUUUUAUCUCAAGAAUGGGUGUUGGCUGAAGGAAGAGCUAUCUGAGGAAAGUGAGAAUUUGAGAGAUUUCAGUUUAUUGAAAAGCAAUCUCUCUGUACCAGAAUUUUGAAGUUUUGGUCUAAAUUAUUGGUAAAUAUCAGGUAAUUCUCUUACAUGGUUACAUCUGCCAUGUUGUAAAACUAAUGGAAUCAUUAAAAAAUGUGCUUGUCCACAAUAUGACUAUUAUUAGGAUGAAGGAACAGCUAUCCGUGGAAGGUGAAAAUUUGAGAAAUUUCAAUAAAUGCUUGAAAUAACGUUUAAUAUUAUUUCUUCAAGAUUCUGUACAGCUGUUUUAAGAAUUGUUAACUUUUACUUGUUAGAUUAUUUAAAAUGAAAAGAAUUGGAUCAGUUAAUUUCUUCUUCAGAUGGCUUAUUUACUAUAUUCUUUGGUGUUAAUUUCAACUCUGAUGCAAAGCUUUGUUACUGUAGAUUGAAGAUGGGCCAAUCUGGCAGCACUGUUGAGGAAAGUAGUAUUGUUAUUGUUACUCUUUUUUAAAAUUCUUCAAAGUAAUAAUUGUAACACUCUGUAAAAUCCAGAUGACCAUUUAAAUGAAUAUUAAAUGGAGUUGUUAAUAAUUUG